UCGUAAAAAUAUUUGGGAAUACAGUAAUGCACAAUUAAAGCACAUUAUAAGCUGACAUGAUAAGGUCUAAACAUGUUCUCCUUUAAACAAUACCGAUUCUGCGCAGUGCGCCUCUCCGUUUCCCAUGACGUAAUUUGACGUUCCUUGUCAGAAUCCAGGAAGUGGGUAGCUCGCUGUUGUUUGUAUUUCGUUGGUCGUUAAUCGUCUCUGUUUUUCUGAUUUAAUAUAUCGCUUUUACGGGCCGAAAUGGCGACGUUUAUUUCAGUCCCGUUAAAAAAGUCCUCUGAGGUGGAUCUGACGAAACCGCUAUCGAAAUUUGUAACCGCCACAUACCCAGCGGGCGAGGAGCAGGGGGAGUAUAUCCGUGCCGUGGAGGAGUUGAACAAGCUCCGCAGGAACGCGCUGGGAAGGCCGCUGGACAAACAUGAGAGCUGCCUGGAGAUUCUGCUCAGAUACUAUGACCAACUGUGUGCUGUUGAGCCCAAGUUUCCUUUCUCUGAAAACCAGCUCUGCUUAACCUUCACAUGGAAGGAUGCCUUUGAUAAAGGAUCUCUGUUUGGAGGCUCAGUCAAGCUCGCUUUGGCCAGUUUGGGCUACGAGAAGACAUGUGUGUUGUUCAACGCAGCAGCACUGGCAAGUCAGAUCGCCUCAGAGCAGAACCUGGAUAACGAUGAGGGACUGAAGGCUGCUGCCAAGUACUAUCAGCUGGCCAGCGGAGCGUUUGGCCACAUCAAGGACACAGUGCUGUCAGCGCUAAACAGGGAGCCCACCAUGGACAUCUCCCCUGAGACUGUUGGUACCCUGAGCCUCAUCAUGCUGGCCCAGGCCCAGGAGGUCUUCUUCCUCAAAGCCACCUCAGAUAAGAUGAAAGAUGCUGUAAUCGCCAAGCUGGCCAAUCAGGCAGCAGAUUUCUACGGCGACGCCUUCAAGCAGUGCCAGUACAAAGACAACCUUCCCAAGUAUUUUUAUUUUCAGGAAGUGCUGCCGGUGCUGGCGGCCAAACACUGCAUCAUGCAAGCCAACGCUGAGCUGCAUCAGAGCAUCCUGGCCAAGCAGAAGAAGCGUUUUGGAGAGGAGAUCGCUCGCCUGCAGCACGCAGCAGAGUUGGUGAAGACGGUGGCGUCUCGUUACGACGAAUAUGUGAGCGUUAAGGACCUGAGUGAGAAGAUCAACCGAGCACUCACCGCAGCCAAAAAAGAUAAUGACUUUAUCUACCAUGACCGCGUGCCUGAGGUCAAGGAUUUGGAACACAUCGGCAAGGCAACGCUGGUCAAAGCCACCGCCAUCACACCUCCACUCAGCCAGAAAUUCACAGACUUGUUUGAGAAGAUGGUCCCCACGGCGGUGCAGCAGUCCAUGAGCAUUUACAGCCAGAGGAAGGCUGAGACUGUGAACAGACUGGUGGGAACGAUGAGGGAGGCCACCAAUCUCUGCAAUGGGGUCUUGGCUUCCCUAAACCUGCCGGCUGCUCUGGAGGACCUCUCAGGAGACUCUAUCCCACAAUCCAUUGCUGGGAAGGCCCGAGCCGUUGUGCAGCUGGGGGGACUGCAGAGCAUCGAGCAGCUGAUCAAAGACCUGCCUGAGCUUCUGACCCGCAACAGAGAGAUCCUGGACGAGUCUCUGAAGAUGCUGGACAAUGAAGAGACGACCGACAACGAGCUGAGAACUAAGUUCAACCAGCGCUGGAACAGAACCCCCUCUGGAGACCUCUACAAGCCCCUUCGUGCAGAGGGAACUAACUUCAGCAAUGUCUUGGACAAGGCCGUACAGGCAGACCAGGUGGUGAGGGAUCGCUACAACACCCACUGUGAGAUGAUCACCCUGCUGUGUAAACCAGAGAACGAGCUCAAUGCUGCCAUCCCCUCCGCCAACCCGACUAAGACACUGCAGGGCAGCGAGGUAGUGAACGUGCUGCGCUCCCAGCUUGUCCAGCUGGAUGAAAUGAAGAAGGAGAGGGAGACCCUAGAGGGAGAGAUCAAGGCUGUGACCUUUGACAUGUCGACCACCUUCCUGACGGCGCUUGCCCAGGACGGGGCCAUCAAUGAGGAGCAGCUGUCCCUCUCCCAGCUCGACCAGUUGUACGGCGCCUACAACCAGAGGGUACAGGCCACCAUCCGCACGCAGGAGGAGCUGCUGGGACAAGUUCAGACCUCCCACCAGGAGUUUAGCAGUCUGAAGCAGUCUAACACGGAGGCCAACCAGAGGGAGGAGGUCCUGAAGAAGCUGGCUUCGGCCCAUGACAGCUACGUUGAGAUCAGCAACAACCUGCGCGAAGGCACCAAGUUCUACAACGACUUGACAGAAAUCCUGCUUAAGUUCCAGAACAAAUGCAGCGACAUCGUUUUCGCUCGCAAGACAGAGCGGGAUGAGCUACUUAAGGACCUGCAGCAGAGCAUCGCCCGAGAGCCCAGUGCUCCAUCCUUCAACAUCCCUGCCUAUCAGAGCACCCCAGCUGCCCCCGCUGGUGGCCCAACCCCUGCCCCCAGGACCGUCUUUACCCAGCAGCCUCAACAUGCCCAGCAGGAGCCUCAGGCGAAACCCAUGCCCCCAGCCAGGCCUCCUCCACCGAGCUUCACCCCUCAGGCAGCCUCCACCAUUCCCACCAAUGCACCGGCCACUGGCCCUCCCAGCAGCAACCCACCACCUUUGGCCCCACCAUCCCAGGCCCAGGGACCACCUUACCCCAGCUAUCAAGGCUACCCAGGGUACUUCCAGAUGCCUAUGGGCUACAAUCCUUAUGCUUAUGGCCAGUACAACAUGCCCAACAUGCCCAACAUGCCCAACAUGCCCUACAUGCAAUACCAGCAGACUCCAGGACAGGGAGGCUACCCAGCAGCCCCUCCUGCCGGACAGCCCUACCCUGGCUACCCCCAGCAACCCCCUCAGCAGCAGCCCUACUACCCUCAGCAAUAACUCCUCUCUCCAUCCCCCUCAUUCCUCUUCUCACCAGUUAACACCAAAUAAAAAAUAGCCCCAGCAAUAACACUGCAUCUCCAUUAGCUCCUACUCCUCUCAUCUUUUUGUUUUCUCUCACUAACCGCAGCUAUAGAAACCCAAGUGAAGGGUAACCUCGAAGCUGCUUUGCACUUCUCUCUGAAAUACUUUAUUACUUUGUCACCCUUUAUUCCUUUCUCCUUUUCAUCUCACCCUCCCUUUUUCUGUCCUAGCUCAUGUGUGAUGGGUUCUGACCUUUCUUAAACUAUCUCAACUUUCACCAAUGCACUAACCCCCUCUUUUUUUUUUACGUACUCAUUUUCUAAUGGUUUUGUUGAUUGUUUAAUUUAAACCCAAACUGGUUUCCAUUGAUAACUGACUUUGUCUCGGCUGGACUGCUGUACAACACUCAUGGAGACGCACAGAAUCCUAGGAUUACUUUGUUUCCUGGUUUGGGUGUAUGUGUUGGGUGGGCGGAUGGUUGGUCAUUACUAGUCAUGCCACUGAUUGGAGGGCACAGCCACAUCCUAACUCCCCCACCCACUCAAUCAACCCCCAGUGCUUCUAUAUCAACUAUAUUCUUAUUUUUGUAAUGAAUACUGAUGCCUCUCUGAUGUAAAAACCUAUAAAAACGAAUGGCCUGUAGGUUUUCUAAUAUAGAUGAUGACUGUUGAGAGUUCUGCUCUUUUUCUUUCGCUCUUUUCUCUCUCACACCCAGGGAAUGUUGGUAUAUUUCUGUGUUACAAUCAGAGGCUAUACAAGUGGGAGAAAUGGCUCUAUUAUAUAAAUAUAUGUAUAAAUAAGACUGUGGUUAACCGAGACACUCUGUGUGCUGCACUUUCAUGCUCUUUGUGUUUAUUUUUCAGCUCUAAUGUGAUUAAAAACAUCAAAUGCCAGCCA